AUGACUCGUUUGUUUUGUUUGGCACUCGUGCCUCUUUUGUCCCAUCUGUCUGUCGCAACACCUGUUUCUAGCCCAGAAUCUGACACCGCGCGACUGGCUCCACGCUAUGAAGUGGGAUACGAAUCGCCGCCCUUUUAUCCAACCCCGCACGGUGGUUGGGUAUCUGACUGGGAAGAUGCUUAUCAGAAAGCAUACCAGAUAGUCAGCAACAUGACGCUGGCGGAAAAGGUUAACUUGACUACUGGAACAGGCUACUGGAUGGGACCCUGCGUCGGUCAAACCGGAAGCGCACCACGAUUCGGAAUUCCGAACCUAUGCCUACAGGAUUCACCUUUGGGAGUCCGAGACACAGAUCAUAAUACGGCAUUCCCGGCGGGUAUCACCGUCGGCGCGACGUUCAAUAAGGGAUUGCUGUAUGCGCGCGGUGUCGCACUCGGCCAAGAAGCUCGAGGUAAAGGUGUCAAUGUCCAGCUGGGUCCUGUUGUGGCACCACUCGGGCGCAAGCCGCGUGGUGGUCGGAUUUGGGAAGGAUUUGGAGUAGAUCCAACUCUUCAGGCCAUUGGGGGCGCUUAUACAAUCAAAGGAAUGCAAAGUACCGGUGUCAUUGCGGCUCUCAAACACUUCAUCGGAUACGAGCAGGAGAUGUAUCGCAUGAGCAGCGUUAUCACCACAGGUUACUCGUCAAAUAUUGAUGAUCGAACCCUACACGAGCUGUACCUCUGGCCUUUUGCAGAGGGCGUUAGAGCAGGCGUCGGCUCGAUUAUGACUGCAUAUAACGACGUCAAUACUUCUGCCUGCAGCCAAAACAGCAAACUUCUCAAUGACAUCCUGAAAAAUGAACUGGGAUUCCAAGGAUUCGUCAUGACGGAUUGGCUGGGUCAGUAUAGCGGCGUGGCCUCUGCGCUUGCUGGUCUUGAUAUGGCCAUGCCUGGAGAUGGCGCUAUACCACUGCUUGGAGAUAGCUACUGGGCCUCCGAGCUCUCCCGAUCUAUUCUGAACGGGAGUGUCCCGGUCGGACGACUCAACGACAUGGUUACUAGAAUCGUGGCUACAUGGUACAAGAUGGGGCAGGAUGAGGACUACCCGCUGCCUAAUUUCUCAUCCAAUACCGAAGACAGAAUAGGAGAGCUUUAUCCCGCUGCUCUGUUCUCUCCCACUGGUGUUGUCAAUGAAUACGUCAAUGUCGAGGGCAACCAUAACAUUACUGCGCGGGCUGUUGCACGCGAGGCAAUUACACUGCUUAAAAACGAGGAUAAUAUCCUUCCUCUGUCCCGGAACGACUCACUGAAAGUCUUUGGCACAGAUGCUGGAGCCAAUUCUGGCGGAUUAAAUUCUUGUACGGAUCAAGGCUGUGACGAUGGUGUCUUGACCAUGGGAUGGGGCAGUGGAACAGCAAACCUGCCGUAUCUUAUCACACCCCAAGAAGCCAUUGGCAACAUUACCGACAGUGUGGAAUUUUAUAUCACAGAUACUUUCCCAUCUGACGUUACCGCCAGCACCAAUGAUACCGCUAUUGUUUUCAUCAAUGCUGACUCUGGUGAGAACUAUAUCACUGUUGACGGCAAUCCCGGUGACCGACUCGAUGCUGGUCUUAAUGCCUGGCAUGACGGUGAUGACCUGGUCAAAGCAGCAGCCGACGUAUUUUCCAAUGUCGUUGUCGUAAUUCACACUGUGGGUCCAAUCCUCAUGGAGGAAUGGAUUGAGUUGGAUUCUGUGAAGGCGGUGCUUGUAGCCCAUCUCCCGGGUCAAGAGGCAGGCUACUCACUCACUGAUGUGCUCUUUGGUGAUUACAGCCCAAGCGGUCAUAUGCCAUAUACCAUUCCUAAGAGCGAGUCAGAUUAUCCAGACAGCGUGAGUCUUAUCGAUCAACCUUUCGGUCAAAUCCAAGAUACAUUCACCGAAGGCCUCUACAUCGACUACCGCUAUUUCAUCAAAGCCAAUAUCACACCAAGAUACCCCUUUGGCCACGGACUUUCAUACACUACAUUCAACUUUUCAAAUCCUACCAUCUCAGUAGUGACGGCACUGAACACCACCUAUCCGCCUACAAGGCCCUCGCAAGGAUCUACACCACAGUACAACGAUUCAAUCCCCGAUCCGUCGGAAGUUUCGUGGUCCACAGUAACUUUUACUCAAAUUUGGCGCUACCUUUACCCAUACCUUGAUGACCCUGAGUCAAUCACGGCGUCGGAUAUUUAUCCCUACCCUGAUGGUUACUCUACAACGCCUCUACCUGAAGCUCGUGCGGGUGGUGGCCAAGGCGGGAACCCUGCUAUCUAUGAUGUUGCAUUCAGUGCUCAGGUUGAUGUCACAAAUACAGGAAGCCGAUCAGGAAAGGCUGUUGCACAGCUUUAUGUUGAGCUGCCUUCCAGCCUGGGUCUUGACACCCCAUCUCUACAACUACGUCAAUUUGAAAAGACUAGAGAACUGGCGCCUGGACAGAGUCAGACUGUGUGGGAUGUGGUGGUACAGGACUGGAUGGCCCCUGUCGAAGGCGAGGGUGUGAAGGUGUGGAUUGGUCAUAGUGUUGCUGAUUUACCUGUCCUUUGCUCAGUUGGUGAAGGCUGCUCCAGCUCCUAA